GUGAUGCGAGGGGCGGGGCUGGGCGCGCCGGACGGAGCCGACCGGAGCCGAGCGGGGAGCCAGGACCCGGGGCGCCCCCAUCCCCACCUACAAUGGGGGGUGCCCCCCCCCUCGCCCUCGCCUUGGUUCUGCCCUGCCUGGCCCUGACCCAGACCUCCCCCCCUGCGAGCCCAGGGAACAGCACCAGCAACAGCACCGAGCCCAGUGCUGCAGCCCCGCCGCUGUCCGUGGUGCUGAGCGCGGCUCUGCCUGCGGCGCUGGCGGCUCUAGCGCUGGGGGCUCUGCUGGUGGCGCUCGGACUGCGCCUGCGCGAGCGGCGCCGCUCGGAGGGCUCCUACCGGCCCAGCCGCGAGGAGCAGGUGGGAGGGGCCAGAGCUCCGCCCCCUGGCCCCGCCCCCCUGCGCCUGCCGCCCGAGGAGCGACUCAUCUGAGACCACGCCCCCACGCCGAGGCUCC